AGGCGCCGGUUUAGUCCAGGACCAGUAAUAGGGCAAGUCGGCGUGUUUCUUAUAUAUCGACGAGUCCGUUGCAGUUCUUCACUCGGCAACCUGCAAACGGAGCAGCAACGUCGCUGGGCGACAGCAGCAAUAGACGCAGGCAGGUCUGCUGUGGAUUUUCGCGCACACGCGCCCGCUCGGCGGAAAAGCGGCGAGUGUUCGCGGGUCGUCGAGAGACAGCGCCAGCGCCACUGCCUCCUCUGCCCCGUCGCGCUCUCAGCUGGGCUCGACUAUGUAAACACAAGGUCAGCAGUAGCUGCUUAGCCGAUACAGCGCGUGUUCCACGGCACUGCAGCCAGUGCGCAGCUCGAGAGUUGGCAAGUUCGGCAAACGACGUAGCCAGAAGCAGCGGUGUUCGCGCGGAAGCUUAGGGAAGUCCGCAAACUGGCUCCGGAAGUGAGGAUCAAGCAAAUUGGAAUGAGGGAGGAUCUUCUGUCGAUAAUACGCCACACCAGCAGCGACCAUUUUUCGGAAGAGCUCUAGCUCGCCACUCAUGUCCAAACAUCUCGCGGACCACCCGUCCAGCAGUUCCUGAGCAGAGCCGUGCCUCGCCGAGGGGACGAUUGGCACUAAUUUGUGGCUGCAGCUUGCUAUGCCCUGGCUGGCCGCCUGUCUCAGUCUACUGAGCGAGCCUCUGCUGGGCUACUGCCUGGCCGCGAGAAAACUGGCGCUGCAAGCCGGUAUCCUGCAUCACUUCGGACAGAACCCGAUGGCGCCCAGCAUGGAUCACCCAGAAGCCACGCAAGAUAAAGCCGUAAGGGCGCCCGCUGGGAUAUCCAAGCCACCGCGCAAAUUCGCCGGGGUCGUGAUCAUCACGACUGGACUGCCGGCCAGAGGCAAAAGCCAGAUUGCCCAUUGCCUGAAGCGACGACUCAACUGGAAUAGCGAGUCGGCUAAGGUGAUGCGCGUGAGCGAUUACCGGCGCAAGAGACUCGAGCCGUACGCGUCCCACGAGCUCUUCCGGCCCGAUCACGAGGCUAAUGUGGCAUUACGAGCUCUCGCCCAGCGCGACGCCAUGCAAGAUUGCGCAUCGUGGCUUGCAGCUGGGAACACCGUUGCUAUCCUCGACGCAACGGUGGUGACGAGCGAUCAGCGUGCCGAGGUCUACGACUACUUUUCAACUCAGCUAGGUUACCGCGUGCUCUUCCUCGAGUGCAUCUGCGAGGACGCCCAGGUGCUCGAGUCCAAUUGUCGUGAGAUCCUGCGCCACAGUCUGGACUACGCUGGCAUGGAGCCUUCGGCUGCGGCCGAGGAUUUGCGCCUCAAGAUCGCGCACUAUCAGAAGACUUAUCAAGCCAUGGAUCAGGAGAGCAAGUAUCCGCGCAUCCGCGUCGACACCGCGACCAUGGAGAUCAGGGCCUACAGGGUCAGCGGACACGUCGAGACCAGCGUUCUGGGAUAUCUCGCCAGCGUGUCCCUCAAGCCCCACACCCUCUACUUCUCCAGGCACGGCGAGAGCGAGUACAACGUGCUGGGCAAAAUCGGCGGCGACGCCGUGCUUAGCGCACGGGGCGAACGCUACGCACAGGCGCUCGCCAGCAAGAUCAACUCCAUGCGCAUACCCGAGCUGCGAGUGCUGACCAGCCGGCUCCGUCGCACCAUCGCCACGGCCCGCGGCAUCGAGGCGCCGCAAGAACACGUCGCCGCGCUCAACGAGCUCUACGCCGGAGUCUGCGAGGGACUCUCUUACGAAGAGAUGCAGGAACACUAUCCUCAGGAAUUCGCAUGGCGCGACCAAGACAAAUUGCGCUACCGGUACCCAUGGGGCGAGAGCUACGUGGACACAAUGCAGCGCGUGGAGCCGGUGAUCGUCGACCUUCAACAAGCCAACAAUGUGCUUGUCAUAUCCCAUCAGGCAAUAUUGCGCUGCAUAAUCGGCUAUUUCCUCGACAAGACACCCGAGGAGCUGCCCUACAUGGAGGUGCCGUUGCACACCAUCAUACGCAUCAGCAGCCAGGGCUUCAACUACAAACUCGAAUUUAUCAAACUGGGCAUUGAGUGCGUCAACACCACUCGCAUCAAACCACAGAAUUGCAGCGUCACUAGAACAGCGGACGACGCUCUGAUUACUGUGCCGGCACACUAUGACAUUCCCGAUCCAUGGAGGAAUCCUGGUAGCGGGCCCACCCUCGUGCAGCAGCACUGAGUACCAAAGGAGGGGACACGCAAACAAGGCUCCUCCGAAAAAUAAUUUACAAGCUCUGUUGUUCCGAUCUGUGCAGCACCAUCUAUCUAUAUUUACAUCGCCGCGAGUCCCCUUCGGUUCCUUGUAAUUGCACUAUUUCUCUAUGUAUUUUAACCUGCUGUUCUACGCUCGCUUCAACUUUUCUACUUUAUCGUUAUUAUCAUAUUAUAUUUCGUUCUAGUUUCUUAUCAAUUACUUUUAUCCGUCAUAUUUUGUUUUUUUACAUUUCUGACACUUUCAAAUGUAAACAAUCAAUCGCAAGCAAACUCAAUUUGCGAAUUUAUUUUCUUCGCCGCUUCAAUUUCUCACGUUCAAAGUCAGAUUUCAAAAGAGUUUUUUUUUCAAGCGAUACGUUUUGUUUUCGGUUAAAACAUAUAAUGACUGUUCUUUCCUAUCAACGAUGUCGAUCGGCGAUCGAUAAUUCAUUUACAAUGACAUAGCUGAUGUAAAACUAUUGCUAAUAAUCAUUGAUGCAAACAUUUGAAUUAAAGAGUACUUAACAUUUUUGAAAAUAGAAGAGUAGUUACGUAUUUUGAAGAAACUGUUGACCCUUCUCCAAAUUAAUAAUGGUACUAAUUACAAUGGUCUUCAGUGGGAAGAAAUAUAAAUCGUAUUGUUAGGAUUGUUAGUUGAUUAUAAUCAAUUUACAAGGGAGAAAUGUAGACGUAUUAUUAACGGUAAAAGUAUGUGAAUCGCAAAUAUAUAUAAUAUAAUGAUAUUUUCAAUGAAAGGAAUUACAUAUUAACUAAGAAUAUUAUAGAAGAAUACACGGUGUAUCACUGUUAAAAUAUUCUUUUCGUUAUUGUUUAUAGUUUUGAUGAGACCCAAUUAUCAGACAAAAAAAUUAUUCAAUUGGAUAUAAUUAUGCCUUGAUCAUGUGCUAUUUACAUUUUUUAUAAAAAGAAAAAAAUGAUUAUAUUGUGGUCUGUCGAUUGUAAUGUAAAGAGUGAAUAUUUUAAAAGUGAUUGCCCAUAUAGAAUCGAGUAUGGAAAUUAACACAUAUUUUUAGACUCGCGUUAUGCAAUAUUUUAAAGUAGACGUAUCAUCAUCAGUCAUUUUGAAGAAAAGAUAUGCAUUUUAUAAAACAGUUUGACAUAUUAUUAAUAGUAUGUAUUAAUGGCGCGAGUAGUUAUACUCGUAAAAAUGGUUAAAAAUAGACGUGAAACUUCAAAAGCUCAUGUAAUAAUUGUAAGGUAUAUUUUUGUAAAUCACUAACAUAAAUCAGUAUCACCGUUAUAUAGAAAAUCACUUGUUUCAAUUCUCUUCAAAUUGGCAAUCUUUUUUAAAAGAUUUUGUUUCUCUACGCAGUAAAUAUUGACAUGCCUAACAUAUUAAUAUAACAAUGUUAAUACUUACAGUUAGUUUUGGAUUUAACAACACGAUAAAAAUGGUUGUAGUUUCAACGGUGAUGCUGUUUUUACGAUUUGGUUUACAAAAAAACAGGCAUAAACACGCAUAAUUAUUAAUGUUAAGCAAAACGUCUUCUCGAGCUGUUGAGCCAAGCGUUUGCAACUUUACUUGAAUAGUGUAGAUUUAAUGAAUGAAAGUAUGAUUGUUCCUAAAUUAUAUUUAAUAUAUUCAGAAAGCUUUAAUUGAAUUUUUUUUUAUUAUUUCUUUUGAUUUUUAUUUCUAUGUUAUAAAUGUUCUAGUUGACACUACCGCUAUAGGAUAUCAAUGUAUUUUGUAAAGAAAAUUAUAGUGAGUCGCUUCAAAUACUUGUUAAAAUAAGCACAAGUUUGUGUGCGAGUAUGUUCUACCAUUAUGAUGACUGACGAGUUUGAGAUUCUAUGUGCCAAUGAAUGAGUGAUUAAUUAACGGGCUGUUUACUUGUGCUUAAAUAUGUUAUAAUUAAAACCUUUUAGGCUAUAUAAUUUUUUUAUUGCAACAGAAUCAAUAAACAUUUUUGUAAUAUAAGACAAA